UGUGUGGGACUGAAGACAACUGCCCAUGGAGAAUCUAUUGCUCUUAUGAAGAGAGAUAUGGAAAGUGGAUGGUGAAGACAUAUGAAGCUGACCACAAAUGCCAAAAGGAUGGGUAUAGUAAGAUAUUAAAGUCGGGUGUGAUCAUGAAGAUCUUCAUGGACGAGAUUAGGAAUGAUAUCGAUUUGAAGCCUAAGUAUAUUCAAGAGCAGAUUGAGCAAAGGUUCAACUUGAUAACCACAAUUGACAAGUGUAAGAAUGCGAAGAAGAUGGCAAAAAUCAUCAUCAACCGUGACCAUGAAGAGCAGUUUAGUAGGCUAAAAGACUACCGACUUGCGAUUCUGGCUACCAAUCCAGGAUCAACUGUCGUGCUAGACACGGUCUUAAAUGAUGAUGGAGCUGAAGUGUUUCAAAGAUUCUAUGUGUGUUUUGAAACCAUCAAAAGCUGUGGACUAUGUGGUGUCGGCCUAUAUUUGGAUUGGAUGGAUGCUUCCUCAAAUGCACACUGAAAGGUCAACUCUUGGCUGCUGUAGGAAGAGAUGCAAAUAAUGGAAUGUACCCAAUUGCUUGGGCUGUUGUUGAUGUGGAGAACGAGGAUAACUGGACUUGGUUCCUACAGAAGCUGCAGUUUGAUUUUAACCUACAAGGAGGUCAAAAUUUCACCAUAAUAUCUGAUAGACAAAAGGGGCUGUUGAAUGCUGUUGAGAGGAUUUUACCACAUGUUGAACACAGGAUGUAUGCUCGCCAUAUAUAUGGCAAUCUGAAGAAACUCUUCCCGCGCCAAGCCGAGAUGAAGACUCUGUUUUGGAGAGUAGCUGAGAGCACCACAGUUCGUGAGUAUGAAGCUAGUAUUGCGGCGGUCCAAAGGUAUGAUAUGCGUGUCUAUGAAGCCAUGAUGGAGAAAAAUCCCAAGAAUUGCAGUCUCGCUUUCUGCUCUCCGAUGUCUUCUUGUUUGGAUGUACACAACAACAUCUCAGAGUCAUUCAACAACGCCAUUGAUCCUGCUAGAUACAUGCCGAUGGUUGAGAUGCUUGAAACUAUUAGAAGAACAACAAUGGUCCGUAUUGAUCUGAGAAAGAGGAUUGCAGCUGACAAUGAUAGGAGGUUCCCUUCUAGAAUCACAAAGAUCAUAGAGGCUGAGCAGAGAAAGCUGAAGUAUUGUAAGAUGAUCCCCGGUGGUGAUGGUAGAUGUGAGGUGAAAGAGGCGAGCAUAUCUUACAGCGUGAAUAUGAGGCAGCGGACAUGUGCAUGCCGUAAAUGGGAACUAGGUGGUAUUCCUUGUCGCCAUGCAUUACGUGUGAUCACAGAGAAGAAGCUGAAUUAUGAAGAUUACAUUUCUAGUUGGUACCUCAACACAAGGCAGCAACAAAUUUAUAGUGAUUCAAUUAGGCCGGUGAAUGGAAUGCGUUUUUGGGAACAAACCGGUACCAUUGUUAUUCCACCUCCUAGCUUGGAAGAAGAACUCGAGAACAUGAAAGGAAGGAAGCCAAAACCAAAGAGGAAGAAAGGUAAAAACGAGUCACCAACAAAGAAGAAGGUCAACCGAAGUGGUAGAGUGAUGCAUUGUAGUCGAUGUGGCGGUGAAAAUCACAAUAUUACGAAGUGCCCACGUCCAGGAGUGCCAAAGAAGAGACCACCCCCAAGAAAGAAGACAAGAACGAUGGCAGAAAAUGAGCAAGACUUCAUGAAUUGUGAUGACUUUGCUGGACCAAGUCAGCCAACACAAGAAUAAAUGAAAGAUGAAGAAGCAUGAACCAUGAAGGCGGUUUUUGAUGGAUCAUGAAGGCUGUUGCGGAUUUAUCUAUUUUGUUGUUAU